AUGAUUUGUUCUAAAAGACUAAAGUUUAUUAGUUUAUUCUUGUUUAGACAUAAAUCUGUGUCAGCGAAAAUGAAGAUUGAUAAAAUGGCGGAGGUUGUAAAAUGUUCGCAAGAAAAGGCUUAUGCGAGAGCUGCGCAAUUCCUAGAGGAUGGUCAUGUGAUUGCUGUACCAACUGAUACCAUUUAUGGGUUAGCAUGUAGUGCUAACUGUCCACAAGCAAUUAAAAAGUUAUAUGCAAUAAAAGGAAGAGAUUCUGCAAAGCCUGUCGCUAUUUGUGUAACAUACAUUGAUGAUGUACGAAAAUGGGGUAAUGCAGAGCACCUAUCUGAUGAUUUACUACAUACUUUACUUCCUGGACCGGUUACAGUGGUUCUUGAAAAAACAAGACAUCUCAAUAAUCCAUUCUUGAAUCCAAAAACAAGUAAAAUUGGUAUAAGAAUACCACAAUAUUUGUUCAUUAAUAAAGUAACUAAAAUAUUUGACAAACCCAUUGCUUUGACCAGUGCCAACUUUAGCAAUGAGCCAUCCACAUUGUCUGUGAAAGAAUUUGAACAUUUAUAUGGUCAUUUAGGAGCAGUAUUUGAUGGUGGAGUGUUAAGUGAAGGUUUAGAAAAGAAUAGAACAGGCUCUACUGUUGUUGAUUUAUCUAACAUAGGCUCAUAUACUAUUAUAAGAAAAGGUAUUUCAUAUGAGAAAAUUGUUACUAUUUUAGAAGACAACGGAUUACGUAGUAUUGAAUAG